AUGGCGACCUCGAUGAUGCAUUACUUCCGCUUCGGCAGCUCGAAAGAAUCUACUCCAGUUGCCAAAGAUAAACCUGUUCGUGCAUUGCCGGCUUCCUGGUACACCUCGCCGGAGAUGUACGAGCUGGAGCGUCGAGCAAUCUUCUCCAAAAGAUGGCUGCUUAUCACCCACAGCUCGCGAGUCAAGAAUACAGGCGACUGGCUGCGGUUUGAGAUCGCCGGCUUCGACUUCAUCAUUACCCGUGACCGACAAGGUGGAAUCAAUGCCUUCCACAAUGUCUGCCGUCAUCGCGCAUACCCCGUCAUCGAACAAGAAGGAUCAGGAAACGCCAAGAUCCUAGCAUGUCGGUAUCACGGCUGGUCCUACGGACUGAACGGCAAAAUGGCCAAAGCACCCGGGUAUCAAGACCUGGACGGCUUCGACAAAGAGCAGAACGGCCUCUUCCGGAUCCAUGUCAAGGUUGACAUCAACGGGUUCAUCUGGGUUAAUAUGGAUGCGAAGAAAACGCCCGAGGUGUCGUGGGAAGAACACUUCGCCAACGUCGAUAAGCAGGACCGGUACAAGGCAUACGACUUUGACAACUACGAUCUCAGCCAUACCUAUGAGUUGGACGGUCAUUACAACUGGAAGAUCCUGGCGGAUAACUUCAACGAAUGCUACCACUGCCCAACGACACACGCCGAUAUCCCUGAAUUCCUGAAUCUCGAAUCCUUUGACAGCGAUCUCAAAGACGGCCACAUCCAACACCACUGCGUCUCUACACCCGAACAACUAGCCAAAGGUCUCUACACGGCAAGUACCUACUACUUCCCGGCAACAGCCAUGGUCGUCUCACCACACUUCAUCAUGGUCCAGAAAUUCGUACCCAAAGGCCCCAAGUCCUCAACCAUGUCCUACGAAAUCUACCGAAAUCGCAACUCCACCGAAGCAGACUUCCGUCUGAUAAGCGAUAUGUACGAGCGCGUCAUGCGCGAAGAUAAAGUCCUCUGUACGAAUGCGCAACGAAACCUCGAGCGCGGUGUCUUUGUAAACGGUCAACUUCAUCCGAAGUAUGAAAAGGCGCCGUUGUUUUUCCAGGAGACGUGUCGGGAAGUUGUUACAGAGCAUUACAAGAGGGAACUUGAAGAGGCGAGGGAGAUUGCGCCAGCGAGGCAGAAUGUUGUUGGGGGUGGUGAGGAUGUUAGCGCUAGUGAUGAGGGUAUUUGUGCUGGACUUGCUUGUGGGAGUCAGAGGGAGGUUUUGGCUUGGUAG